AUGGAAUAUAGUAAAAGAAAAUGGUAUGUUGAUGAUACAACUAAAACAAAUAUAUAUAAUAAAAAUUUAUAUGUUGUUAUUGUAAAAGAUGAUAAUUCUUUUAACCAACUUCUUUCAUUUGGAUAUUUAUUUGAUCAACCUGAAAUUUCAUAUAAACUAUUUUUUCAUCAACUUUAUAAUAUUUUAAAUUAUGGACAUGAAAUCAUUGUUUGUGAUCGUUGUAUUGCUCAAUAUAAUGCUUUGAAACAAAUAUUUCCUUAUUCUAAACUAUUUUUCUGUAGAAAUCAUAUAGAAAGAUCAUUGAUAAAAUAUUUUAAGAGUGAUCAUAUAAUAAUGAAAUUAUUUCAUUUAACAAUGAAUAUGAAAUUAAAUGAAAAUGAUUUAAUUGAAACAUUGAAAAGUAUUAUAAUGAAAAAUAUUAAAAAUAUUGAAGAAGACAAUGAUGAUGAUGAUGAAAAUACUUGUUAUGAUGAUAAAGAAAAUAAUGAAGAAGAAAAUGAUGAUGAUCAGUUGUUUGAACCUGAUACAAGUGAUAUUAUAAAUUCAAUAGAUGGUACUAAUACAUUACAAGAUAAUAUUAAACAAUUAAUAGAAGAAGCAAAAGGAAUAAAUAUUAAUAAAGGAUUGAUGUGUUUAAUUGAUUUAAUUCAACACAAAGAAAAUUGGAUUCCUUCUGAAUGUAUUAAAUAUGGAAUGUAUCGAGAUUUUACAACAAAUAGAGUAGAAGGAUUCUUUGGUUAUUUAAAAAAAUAA